AUGACAAUCUGGGUAAAGCUGCGAAUAAAAACUGAUUGUCAGCAGUUUGAAAUGAAAGAGGACGCCAUAAACGAAGGAACUAACAACAUUGAAUUGGAACCAGUAGUAAGUCCUUCAAACGAAAACCAAAGCCCGCAUUUAGCUCCUGAGCAAGGAGAAGAAGCGGAUGUCCAAUUGCUUUCCCCUCCAUUGCCUUGUGACGAUGAACUGGAAAAGGGGCAAAUGCCGGAAGAAAAGAAGAAAGAAAACGAAGAAGGACUGGAAGAUAUGAAUUGCGACAAAGUCAUUUCUGACAAGACUGAACAGGACGCAGAGGAAGAAAUCAAAGUAAACUGUCCUUGUGGAAAUGACGAGGGUGAACACAGUGGUAAAUGUACGGAUUCCUCUUUGGUUAACCUCAACACUGUUGCUCUACAGGCCACGUGUCUUUGGCGCAGAACCCUGCUUGCUUGCAGCGAAUUGAACAGGAUACUACCCACCAAUUUGGCUCGUCAUCUCAAGAUUGAAAUGAGCAUUGCACAAGGUUUGGUUAAACGACUAGAGAAAGAAGGUUUCAUUAGAAGUACUUUGAAAGGAAAGAGGCUGGGGAAAGUUGUUAAUAAGAAGAAAGUGCACUCUGAGGGUUUCGAGAAGUAUUUCAACAAAGGGGGUGGAAAGUUCGAAUCUAAUGAUGUUGACCUUCCGGAAGUAGUUGCCAAAGAUGAAAACAAGAAAAGGGAUGGAGUGGAAAACAUAAUUCAGCAGUGCUCAAAGAUGGAUGUAUCAGGGAAACGGAUGCAAAUCUCUAAGAAAAAGGUCGACGGCAAACAAGAAAAGUUAAAAAGCUCAAAGAGGGCCAUAUCUCUUAAAGAUGAGGCGGCGGAAUUUGACAUUUCUGACAGCCAAGAACAAGGUUUUGAAGAUCGUCCAUUGUCGAAAAGAAGAAAAGCUAGUAUAGCGAAGAGUGCAAUCCUGGUUUGAUUCAGUCUGGGACCAGAAAAAUUCUCGGAUUUUUCACUG